AGCUCUUCUCCCUGCAGUGAACCAGAACCAGCCCGGUUCGGUUCUGCAGAAUGAGCGCCACUCAGUGACAACAUGCUGGAUUUUUAACAACAAAUUUCUCUUUUUUUUAGUUAAUUUACUGAAAUAUCAGCUGAUGCGGUUGAAGCAGUGAAGGAUCAGAUGUUGGUGUUGGGCUGACCUAUUGCAGCGCAGCGCCGCCGGCCAGCCCUCCCCCACCCGGACACAUGCUCAGCCUCUCCGGGCAGGCAGGGCGCAGCGAGGCGCACCGGACUGGAAGCAUGGCGGCGCGGCGGGAGGAGGCUGCAGGAGAGGUGUAGAGGCGGAGGAGAGGGAGGGAGAGAGACGCCGCCGCCUGCUGCUGCUGCUGCUGCUGCUGCUGCUGCUGCUGCUGCUGCUGAGGAGCCAGCACAUCCUGCUGUCAGUUCAGGUUCGGUUCUGAUCCCUGAACAGAUGCAGCCGGAUGAGGCGGGAUGUCUCCAGAAACCUCUCAGCCUGCUGACUCCGCUCCAGCCGUCUCCGUGGAAACGCACAGCGCCGCCGUCGAGUCGGAUCCAGAAUAAAACCCCAGCUGGUGAAACGUUGGAGAGCUGAGAGGAGCCGACUGAGCGCGCUCAGUAGCAGAUGGUGACACUGCAGCAGCACUUCCCCAGCAUGGAGCAGACGGUGCGGUCCCUGCUCCAGAACCAGGACUCUCUGGACGGACCCAAAGUGGAUCCUCUGGACCUGAUGAAGGCCUACAAGGACAAGCUGCUGGAGGAGAUGUGGAAGCAGCAGGACAGCCUGGACGCCCCCCCCGCCGCCGCGCCGCCGUCCCCGCAGGCCGCCGCCGACAAUCCUCUGCUGGAACGCCUUCGAAUGCUGGAGGCGGAGAACUCAGCACUGUCUGUGGAAAACGACAACCAGAGGAAGCAGUACGAACGCUGCUUGGACGAGGUUGCCAACCAGGUGGUGCAGGCGCUGCUCACGCAAAAGGACCUGAAGGAGGAGUGUGUGAAGCUGCGGACCCGCGUGUUCGACCUGGAGCAGCAGAACCGGAUCCUGAGCGUUCUGUUUCAGCAACGGGUCAGAACCUCCACCGCUCCCAUCUCACAGGAGGUCCAAAGAAAUGGAAAAGCAAGAAGUAUUGCUGCAGGAAGAUGGCCCAGCCUGCUGAGCCUGACUUGCCCACGAAGCAGCGGCAGUGGCAGUGAGCAGUCUCUGUCCAGUGCUUGCAGUGAAUACUCCAGUGGUUCCCACACCUGGGCUGACGGACGCGGCUUCUCCAAGCAAUGUGCCUCCAGCCGGGACAAGCGUAUGAGCACUGGCUCAGUAUCCAGCAAUCAUUCAGUGUUCAUUGAGCCAACGGACUUGGGAUGGAAGGAGGGCCAUAUCCUGAAAGGCCUGAAGCAUCUCCAGAUGAGCAAGUCCAAAGAGGCAACCUCAGCUGCAGCUGUUCCACACUGCAAAGACUGCAUGACCUCAAAUGAGGGAAUUUACUCCUCUGGUGUCAAGUCACACCAACAAGGCUCUCCAGCGAAGAAAAGUUCAACAAGAAAACCUUUGACAGCUGAGCCGCAGGCCUCCAUCUUGGACUCUGAUGAUCCAGAUGAAUUUGGCGAACAAUCAACAAAAACACGUCUUCAUUUGGACUCAUUGGAGAUUUCUGCGGAUGAUGACAAAGUUUCUCAUGAAGACUCAAUUCUUCCAGCCAGCUCUGGUCUCUUCCCCUCACCCGACUCUGACAACUUCCUGUUUUUAGGGGCCCCCACCGUUAAACCUGGUGUGAGUCCAACUGAUAGCCUCACAAAGUCUGAGGGACUCAACAGGAACUCAUUAGAUAAACGCAUAUCAGGAGUGAAGCUCAGCGACAGGAAUAAUAACCAAGAACUGGCCACUGACCGUAAAUCCAGACUGGACUGUAGCCACAGACAGCAAGGCAGACUCUCUAUCAAGCAAACAGAAGCAGAGGUAAAUGAUGUGAGCUCCUCAGCUCAGCGUUCUGCAACCAGAGCUCUGAGCUGCAUGAAUGAAGCCAGACAGCGAAGCGCUUCAAUGGAAGUGCCCCACUGCAGAGACCAUUCAAAUCCAGCCGGUGGGGACAGCAGGGACUGGAUCAGCUCAGAAUCUCCACAGAGGAAACCAAAACCUCAGUUUUGUGACUCAGCAAGGAAAGCUUUCAUUCUGAGAAGCAAGAGUGCAGAUGGAGGCCAAGAUCAGCUUAAACAUACCUAUUCUCCUCUACAUCAGAAGCUCAUCAAGGGUCAAAGACCCAAAGGACAGGUGACUUCUUCAGGACACGGUGUGCCCAGCAAACGGGCCAACCCUCAUGGUUCCAGCAAAUGUAACUUACCUAAAACUGACAAAGAUCAAGAUGUUUCAAUGCCAGUCGGCUCCAAGUGUGUUGAGAGUAUGCAACAGCUGUCUCCGCUUGCAUCUCCUGUGAAACAGUCAAAGAUUCUUAAGUCACCAGGCAUCAAGGACAGCCUGAAGAGUCCAACAAAACCAUCAACUAGAGUCUCAAGCAAUGACUGUGCUGAAGAGAGCAUCUAUGACAACCUGCCCUGUUCACCGAGGAAACAGAGACGGCAAGAAGACCAGGGAGAUUCGUUCACAUCAGAGCGAAGGUCUCCGUCGCCACCGCUACCACCAGGUCGAACUACUUCUCUUCUCCUUAAAGCCGGCUCCGACGGCACAACCAAAGACAAAAAACUGGCAACUCAGCCUCAAAGCUCAACCACUGGCAAGCCAUCAACAGUUACUGACUUCAGUUCUGGUUUAGAGACUCAGCAGUCCAACAUCACAAAAGAUAAUCAACUUGCUGACCUGCAAAUAAGAGACAUCUCCAUCAAAACCUUCCUUACCGAUGGGUCAAAGAUUCCUCACCUCCCCGUUCAAGAGUCACAAUCAUCAGACUCAAUUCAGACGGACAGAAUCACCAAAUGCCGCAAUGAGAAUGGAUCGACAAACCGGAACAUCCUACAGAGAUCCCAGCAGAGCAUUAGUGAGCCAAAGCUUUCUGAAGUCCUGCCUACAGGUUUCUCUAAUGUUUACUACCACGGGGUUCCCAGUAAUCUCCACACAUCCUCCUCAAAUGCUGUGAAAAGGACACUUCCUGUGAAUGCUAAGUCUCACGACGCAAUCUCUGGACAGAACACCAGUACCUUCUUGAUCUUUGGGAGGCAGAGUAAUGACGAUCCAAACAGUCUGCAAACUUUUCAAACAUUCACAUGCGAUCCCCAAGUGAUGCAUGAAUUUGGUUCACGAGAGAAGUCUUGCCGGAAGAUUGAGACCCGCUGCAACUCCCUGGACUCUGAGCCUCUCCAGCCAACAUCUGACGCCAGCGGGAUGUUGGACUGGGGCUUCGAUGAGCAAGGCUGGCUGUUUAAACGCUCUGUGUCUGUGUCGACCAGACCUCUUCUCAAACCAGUGAUGGGCAUGAAUGGAGCUAAAGCUCGCAGUCAGAGCUUUGGUGCACGCUACAUGGACAGACCGAGCUUCAACAGAUCUGGAAAGGUCCGGACCCAGAUCAAAACCCAUUCAGGGAGCUCGCUGAACUCUCUUGGGGAUGUCCUUCCCGGUAGCAUGAGCUGCUCCAGUAGCUACCACUGUCCAAUGAAUCGAUCCCUUCUGAACAACUUUCUGAUUGAGGAAGGACUGACAGUCCCGUCACAUCUGGGUUCAUCCAGUGAAAGACUUCAAAGUCUUAAGCUGCAGAGAGAGCAGGCGAGGCGCCUUCAGAUCGAGCAGCAGUUUUCCAGCGCAUUUGGUGAGCCGGUCUCCGAGGAACCCGAGAGACAAAGCACCAUAACCACCAUCGAAGAGAAGGUGAUGCUUGGCAUUGAGGAGAACUUGCACAAGUCACAGGAACAUGAAAAAACGAACGAAGUAAAGCAAAAGUCUGGCUCUAGCAUUGCAAGUUGGUUUGGUUUCCGUAAGAGUAAACUUCCGGCUCCAAGCAACAAAAAGAUGGAUCCACCAAAAGGAAAGGAAGAAAAGCGGGAACAGAAGAUUACAUCUCUGCUGGGAGGAAAGAGUACAAGUCAGACAAGAAGAAAGACAGACGAAAAAGUGAUGGAAAAGAAUGCUCUGUGGGAAUAAGAGAGCCCCAUGAUGCAGUUCGGUCCUGCAUCUCGAUUCCUGGUCCAGGAAUGUCCCUCUCUGAGGUCCAAGGACAUGCAAGCAUCUUAGUGGAGCCCCAGAUGAUGAACCGAAGACCUGACGGUGAAAAUGGAUCCAGUGUGAGGAGCCAGGACGCAGUCAUAGUUUGCAGACAGAAGUGAAGACCAAAUAUGACAGACGUGUGAUCGCGCCGCGCCAUGCGGACGCUGGACAGCGGAAUCGGGACCAUUCCUCUCCCAGAGUCCUGCUCCUUCUUCUCCUCCAUCCUCAGUUUCCUUCCCAAAUCCUCGUCGACCCCGAGCAGUCGCUUAGCCCUCCCAGUGUUCCCGGUUCCUCCAGUGAAGACGUGUCCCCGUCCCCGUUGCCCCGGUGGAGAGUCCCGUCCAGCGGCAGGGACGGCGGCCGCUCAGGCCUCCCCGCCUCCCUGUCCGACUCCUCCAUGAUCCCGUCGGUGCCUUUCCCCACCGUGGCCUUCCUCCAGCCCUCGUCUCCCCCCAUUGUGACCCCAGCCAGUGUGUGUGACACCCAGAGCAGGCUGCCCAGACCGCCCAGAGGUGGGACGGAACCAAAGAAGCUGAAUCACAUCAAACCCAAACCGCGAUCCACGGCGAACCAACCGCAGGAGCCGAGCCGCCUGCAGCUGGCAAACUAGAUCCUGAAGCUGGAAGAUCCGCUGCAGGAAACCCUCACCUUAAAGACGCAGCGUCGGCCAAUCAGGAUGCAGGACAGCGCUCUGCUUCCUGUUCUCAGACAUGUUGGAGGGCUGCAGCGCUCUGCGUCUGGCUGCUAAGAUGAAUCCUAAAACUCUCCUCCAAAACGUUCUGGUCUAGUCAAAUCCUCUUCAUCACGCUGAGGACGAAGUGGCAGCUAGCGGCGUUCUAAUGUAGCAUUGUGU